UGUUUUGCUCAGGAUUCCAGCAUCUGCGGUUCCUUCGGUCUUCCUGUUCUUUCCCCCGUCGUUGGCAGUGUUUUAUGGAACAGCACAGCGCAGGAACAGGUCCAUCGGCCCGUAAUGUCUGUGCCGAACGUGACGCCAAAAUAAACGGAUCUCAUCUGCGUGCAUAUGAUUCAUAUCCUUCUGUGUCUUGCAUAUCCGUGCACCUGUCCAAAAGUCUCAAACGCCACCAUUAUCUGCAUCCAACACUACCCCAAGCAGCACAUUGCAGGCAGCCACUACCUUCUGUGAAAUGAAAAAGCUUGUCCUGUACACCAGCUUUAAACUUUUGUGCUUUCAUCCACUGUGUCCUCCAAAGGUCUACAUCUGUGGUCUCGUAUUUCUGAAUGAUGUGCUUUCUUUUGGCAAUGUGAUCCAAACGUAUUGAGUCAGUUUCCGAGGGGUUGAGCUGCUGCCUCGCGGCGCCAGAGACCCCGGUUCGAUCCUGACCUCGGGUGCUGUCUGCGGCAUUUGCACGUUCGCCCUGUGACCGCGAGGGUUUUCUCCGGUCCCCCGCGUUCUACAGACGUGCGGGUUUGUAGGUUAAUUGGCUUUUGUGAAUUGUGCCUAAUGUGUAGGAUACGUAGAUGGUGUGAAUGGGUGAUCGAUGGUCAGCGUGGACUCGGUGGGCCGAAGGGACUGUUUCCAUGCUGUAUCUCUAAAACUAAAACCAAAGCACACUGCCAUCCUGCCCUAUCUCCCGUCAAGACCUCUCCUGAUAAGUGUGUAGGAAGGAACUGCAGAUGCUGGCUUACCCCAAAGAUACACAAAAUGCUGGAGUAACUCCACAGCGAUAUGCAGCCUGUCCGGUUGAGUUACUCCAGCAUUUUAUCUGUCUCCCCUUCCUAUAAAUAUAGAUUGCUUCUCUAAAAUAACAGCACCACACACGUAGGCACGUCCCCAUGUAAACAUGGGAGAUUGAAACCACCUUCUGCAGACCCUGCUGCAAAAUGUAUUCUCCAGACUCCCACUAUAUCUGAAGAAUAGAAAGACUCACUAUGUCAGAGGAAGGGUCGUGACCUGAAACAUCUCCCAUUCUUUCUCUCCAGAGAUGCUGCCUGUCCUGCUGAGUUACUCCAGCAUUUUAUGUCAAUGUACUACAUCCCUCUCCAUAGUUUAAGAAGGAACUGCAGAUGCUGGAACAACCGAAGGUACCGCCAUCCGCCGCCCCAACUGCCUCAUCCCAAACUUUGAAAUUCACCUUCCCAGAAACGUUGGAUCGGAUUAAGGAAGAAUUCCAGUUUCUGCAGGCACAGUACCACAGCCUCAAGAUGGAGUGCGAAAAGUUGGCCAGUGAAAAGACGGAGAUGCAACGACAUUACGUGAUGUACUAUGAGAUGUCAUAUGGCCUCAAUCUUGAGAUGCAUAAACAAACGGAAAUAGCAAAGAGACUGAAUGUGAUUUGUGCUCAGCUCCUCCCUUAUCUAUCGCAAGAACAUCAACAACAGGUAAUCCAGACCAUUGAACGUGCAAAGCAGGUAACCAUGGGCGAGUUAAAUGCUGCAAUUGGAGUUCGAGGACUUCCUAUUCUACCACCCCCACACCAUUUCCAACCCCAGCAGCUCUCCCACCACGCCUCUCCGUUCCCGCUCGCUCUCCACCCAACAGGGCUGCAGCUCCCGGCCAUGUCUUCAAUUGGAGCCAGCUCGGGACUGCUGGCCCUCUCCAACGCCCUGGCGGCUCACCCCCAGUUUGCCCUUAAAGAAGACAAGAACCAUCAGGAGCAGGAGCAUCGGCGAGACAGAGACCAAGGGUCGGAGGCAGAGACAAGUCGUGAAAUGUCGGAUGCAAAAGCAAGAAGGCACAGAUGCUGGAAAUCUGAAAGAAGAACAGAAAGUGCCGAGGAUUCUCAGCAGAGUUCUGUACACUCGUCCAAUGGAGACAAGCCAAGAAACUCCUCGGAAUAUCCCAUCCACCUCAAGAAGAAGAAAACUGAGGAACGGGAUUCAGUGAAUGACUAUGACAGCGAUGAUGACAAGAGUGACGAUAAUCUCGUCGUUGAUGUUUCCAAUGAGGAGCCAUCGUCUCCUCGCAGUAGCCCUCCGCAAGCAGCGCACGAGAAUGGACUGGACAAGCUUCACGUGAGGAGGAAGACUCAGGUGAACAGUCCCACGUCGCUGGUUACAACAAGCUGCACCCCGCCUCCGCUAAAAAGCAAAGAGCCGGUUGCGAAUGAGAAGUCCAGCACACCUGGUCUGAAAUCCAGCGUGCCACCGUCCCGGAGUGACUCAGCGACGCCCAGCACCAGUGGCACCUCCCAGCACUGCUCAGCGGCUGGCAAAGCAGGGGCGGAUCCUCUCGCUUUAGGGUUGAAAACACCGCUGUCCGUGCAGGGUGCAUUCCCGGUGCCAUUCGGGAUGGUCCACACUGCGGUGAACGGUGGGAUCGCCGGUGCCAAUGCCUACGGGGGCCUGCACUUUGCUUCCCCUCAACUCAACGGCGGUGCCACAGCCUCAACGUUUGGUCGCUCAUCGGUGGCUGGAUUUGAACAUCACACACACAAGCGGACGGCAGGACUUCCCGGGAGCCUGUCAGCGGCGACUGCAGGGAAGCCCGCCUACUCGUUCCACGUCGGAGCAGACCGGCAGAUGCAGCCCGUGGCGUUCCCGACGGACGCGCUGACCGGGACGGGCAUUCCCCGGCAUGCCCGGCAGAUCAACAACCUCCCCCACGGGGAGGUGGUGUGCGCCGUGGCCGUCAGCAACUUCACCAAGCACGUGUACACGGGCGGAAAGGGCUGCGUGAAGGUGUGGGACAUCAGCCAGCCCGGAAACAGAAGCCCCGUCUCUCAGUUGGAUUGUCUGAACAGAGACAACUACAUCCGCACCUGCAAGCUUUACCCCGACGGCCGUAAUCUGAUCGUGGGCGGGGAAGCCAACAUCAUUUCCAUAUGGGACCUCGCAGCUCCAAGCCCUCGGAUCAAGGCGGAGCUGGAAUCCAGCGCUCCCGCCUGCUACGCUCUGGCCGUCAGCCCGGACGCCAAAGUCUGCUUCUCCUGCUGCAGUGACGGAAGCAUCUUUGUCUGGGACUUGCACAAUGAGACGAUCAUUAGGCAGUUCCAUGGCCACACCGAUGGUGUCAGCUGCACAGAUAUUUCCAAUGACGGGACAAAGCUGUGGACCGGCGCGCUGGACAACACCGUCAGGUGCUGGGACCUGCGGGAGGGGCGGCAGGUGCAUCAACAUGACUUUGCAUCACAGAUCUUUGCACUAGGAUGCUGCCCGACAGGAGGUUGGCUUGCUGUUGGCACGGAGAGCAGCAACGUGGAGGUUUUACAUGUCAACAAACCAGAUAAAUAUCAACUCCACCUUCACGAGAGCUGCGUUCUCUCACUCAAAUUUGCUUAUUGUGGUAAAUGGUUUGUAAGCACUGGAAAAGACAACUUGCUGAAUGCAUGGAGAGUACCGUAUGGAGCAAGUAUAUUCCAGUCCAAAGAGUCAUCGUCUGUGCUAUGCUGUGACAUCUCGGUGGACGACCAAUAUGUUGUCACUGGCUCAGGGGACAAGAAAGCCACAGUGUAUGAAGUCAUUUACUGAGAAUUCAAUCCUUCACCGGGAGAGGAGGGGACGGGACAGGGCGAGGUUUUUCAGCCGAGACCUUCAUUCCGGAUCAGUUUAACUACAUUUCCCAAGGAGCACAUCCAACAGAACCUCCACCCUCGUUGGAAGACUGUCUCGUUUGACCUUGACUUGGUUGUUGAAAUUUAACCUGGACUCACUUCAACAAGAGAGGACUUCUGGGUUGACCAAAGUGACAGAUUCUCAUCGGUAGAGGCAGGUUUGUUCACCCCGACUAACUCCAUAAUCAAUGCUAAAGUUUAGGGUAACACACUCUUUGUACAAUUUCUUUUACUUCUCUGUUCUGUUUGCUGGAUUCAUUUGUGAGGGGAAAUAUUCUGUAUGGUUACCAUGAUGCAAGACCUUGCUGCCUGUGGAUCUUGACCAGUUGGGACGCACAUGGAACUUUGACCUGUUUUUCUUCACGUUGAGCUUUUCAACCGCACUUAUAAAAAUGCAUCUUUUUAUAUUGUGCUGUUCAUUAAGUAGAACAGUGUGAACGUUGGCACCUUAGUUUGCUCUCCUCUUUCCCAAUCUCCCUCAGUCCACCCAUAAACUGGCGUUUGUGGGGAAGCAGUUCAGACGUCAACAUAGGAGUCGCCAGCCCUGAUGUUUUGGGUUCUGUUUCCACUUGCCUGUAUGGGCAUCUUGGGCUUUCACUUGUGGGGGGUUAUGCGCUUGUGAAUCACUGCAUAUAAAUCACACACAUGCCAAGCACGUACACCACUAGGCUGCCAUACGGUGCCAAAAUAGAUAUAAGUGCGUUAUACCGAAAAUCGGAGAGUGUAAAUUAACCUUCGGUAGCAAUUGGACAAACGCUCAUUCCAAUUAUUCUAAAAAAAAACACGUAAAUGACGCUGGUGCAAACCGUGAGGUGCCUGUCAAGAUUUCUUUCAAGGUUUAUCAUUGAUUAACGCUAUUGUCCAUCGGGUGGCUAUUUCCCUGCUUUGGCAAGGAUCCUCCACUGCCUGAGAUUAACGUAUCUGUGUGGAGGUGCAGUGGGAGCUUUCAGAACCUUAAGGGAGAUGUUCAGGCAAGACAGGAGGAGAGCACAAGGAUCCCAUCUCAAGGCCGUCAAUGCGUUGUAACGAAACAGGUUGUUUUUAGGAAAUGGAAGAGUGAGCUGCCAAGUCAUCUGUUUCAUUCACCGGGGGGGUGGGGGGGGGGUACAGCGCACGUGGGCAUGUCUCGUGAACAGAUUGCGGCUGGUUGCAGUCAACAGGUCGAAGCAACUUGUGCCAGUUGACUUGAAGAGUGGCUCCACCUCCAACUACGUUUAAGUAUUGCAACUUACUUGAAAGCUUGGACCAUGCAAUCUCACUGUUUUAUUUAUGAAGUCUAUAGGAAAACAUCGUCAAGCACAGCUUAUAUUGGCAAAGAGCUCCACACACUUUUUAUUCAAAUCUUUUGGUUAUUUUGAUAUUUGGAUUAAUUUUCCUUGCAAAUGUUGUAAUUAGACGGCUGUUUACAAUGGAAGAAAUAUCUCGCCCGGUUAACAUCUGGGCAGCAAAGUAAUUUGAUCUUUAUUUCUAAUUCACAACAGGGACUCAUAGUGUUGGUCAGAUGUGCUAUGUGGAGAAAUUUGUUAUCAUAGUUACCAUUUUAUCCUGUUGUCUAUUUUCUCCUCUUUCACCAUCCGUAACAUUAAAAGCAAUAAUUGUAAAGGUACUCAUUGGUUUCUCUUCCUUGAUGUGUGGUUCCUUGCCCAUUGGUUUCCUGCUAGUACUUGUCUAACACAGCCAUUCUUUUGGGCGCCAGAAUGGGGUCCUCCCGUUCAUUAUCUGGCCAGAGAGGGCGCCACUUGCAAGCAUGUGUCCCGACCCAAAACAUUGUCUCUCCAUUCAGAGGUUACCAGACCCCUUGAGUUCUUCCAGCUUUUUGGUUUUUGCUCCAGAUGCCAGCAUCAGCAGUUUCUUGCGUCCCCACGCUCCUGUCUAUGCCUGACAGCUAGACAAGAACUCUUUCCAAUAAAACUUGUUGAUGAGUGAUCAAGAAAAGUUAUCUACCGCAGUCCUGACCACCUCUUGCCAUGAACUCUUUAGAAAGUCACGAGGCCAACUUUGGUGGCCCUGGAUAGCUCAUUCAUAGAGCAAAAGUCAAAUUGGGUUCUUAAGACUGUUACCAAUGUGGUUUUUGUUGUUUUUUAAGGUAUAUUUGUUCGAUGACAUUUUUCUGACAAUCUGUUUACUUCAAAACCACUUGAGACAUAUACACACUAACACAGCACACUUUCUCUUAGAGGUGGAGGGUUCCUAGAGGUGAUUCCAUCAACCUUGUUACAUCUCGUUUCCAUGAACUCUUUGUGCUUUUCCCAAAUGGCUCAAAAUAAAGGACUGUUGGGGGCGGCACUGUGGUAGAGUUGCUUCCUUUCAGCGCCAGAGACCCGGGUUCGAUCCUGACUACGGGUGCUGUCCAUACAGAGUUUAUGUGUUCUCCCACUGACCGCGUGGGUUUUGCACCGGGGCCUCUGAUCUUCUCCCACACUCCAUACACAAACAGGUUUGUAGGUUCAUUGGCUUUAGGUAAAAAUUGUAAAUUGUCCCUAGUGCACAGUGUGGGUUAAUGUGCGGGCAUUGUCGGUUGGCGCGGACUUGGUGGGCCGAAGGGCUUGUUUCUGCGCCGGAUCUCUAAACUAAACUGUAGGCCAUUGUGUAAUUAUGUACAUGACCUUUUUAGGGAAGGCAAUUAAGCUUCAGUCAGAAGGAGUGGAGCCUCGGGCUUAAAAUGUUGUGAAUGGUUAAGUUCUAUCUUGUUAUCUUCAUGAUCGGAGAAAGCUGUUGAAUGCUACAUGUGGUGGAGCAAAAACCAAAUAAAUUAUAAAUCCUAUUUGACCGAUUCACCAUCUGGAAGUCUGCUGCGCCAUUCUAAUCCGUACUCCAGAUGUCUUUAACGGACACAAAGUGCUGGAGUAACUCAGCAGGUCAGGCCGCAUUCUUUAUCAGCUUUCUCCCUCUUACUACAAUCGGUCUGAUGAAGGAUCCUGACCCGAAACUGUCACCUAUCCAUGUUCUCCGCAGAUGCUACCUGACCCACUGAGAUACUCCAGCACUUUGUGUCCGUUUGCACAAACCAGCAUCUGCAGUUCCUUCUUUCUACUCCAGAUGAUGACCUUGUAGGUUUUGAUCAGAACCCUCCCCCUCGUGGCCAAAUAUUCACUUAUUGACCUUGGUACAAUGGAAUUAGAAGAGUCAAACUGGUUGUGAAGGUGAACUGCAAUGUGUUCAGGUCCUCGGAGCCUAUUAUGCUUUAUGGAUCUGCUAUGAAAGAAAGGUUGUGUACAAUUUUUUUUGUUGCCUUCGUUUAUUAAAAUGAAUGACUGUAAACAUAUAGAUUGCCCUAGUUGUAUAUUUGGUUUGGAUGGUAACUGUGCCUCUACCUUCCUCCUGGAAGAAAUGAAUCAAUUGCUAAAUUCUUCAUUGACCCCCAGGUAUUUUUGUCGGCCAAUAUGAUGAUUUGUAAUGUCCAAAAUCCUUCCAUGUUUCAUGCUUUCCCAUCCCAGUUAGGGAUGAAUUUGUAGUUUAUGCCUUUCAAAUCCCAAUAAACUAUUUUGUAUGUGA